CAUUGUGGGCGCUUGCUGCUUUCCGCGGGUUCUGUUAAAAUGGCGCCCUAGGUAACGGGAGGCGGCGGCCGUUAGGCUGUGAGGCGCAGGGCGCGCGCGCGCGCGGCAGUUGCAGAGGGAGGUUCCCCGCCCCCUCCCCACGCCCCGGGGUGAGGAUGGCGUGUCCGGAUCAGAAAUCCCCCAACGUUCUGCUACAGAAUCUGUGCUGCCGCAUCCUGGGCAAGAGCGAAGCUGAUGUAGCCCAGCAGUUUCAAUAUGCAGUGAGAGUUAUUGGAAGCAACUUUGCUCCUACUGUUGAAAGAGAUGAAUUUCUUGUUGCGGAGAAAAUCAAGAAAGAACUUGUGCGACAAAGAAGGGAAGCGGAUGCUGCUUUGUUUUCAGAACUUUACAGAAAACUCCAUUCGCAGGGUGUCCUGAAAAACAAAUGGUCAAUACUCUACCUCCUGCUCAGCCUUAGUGAAGACCCACGUAAGCAGUCUAACAAGGUGUCAAGUUAUGCCACAUUGUUUGCUCAAGCAUUGCCGCGAGAUGCUCACUCAACCCCUUACUACUAUGCCAGGCCUCAAAGCCUUCCAUUGAAUUACCAGGACCGCAAUGCUCAGUCUGCCCAGAGUGUGGGCAGUAUGGCGAGCAGUGGGAUCAGCAGCAUAAGCAUGUAUGCCCUGAAUGGGCCAACGCCAACUCCACAGUCCCUCCUUCCAGGACAAUCCUAUCAAGCUCCAGGGGUGGGAGAUUGCCUUCGUCAACAGCUGGGUUCACGUCUUGCAUGGGCUCUAACUGCUGGCCAGCCUUCGUUACAAAGCUCUACCUCAAAAGGCCUUCCAAACACUGUGUCUCGCAAUGUGCCAAGGUCAAGGCGAGAAGGGGAGACAAGUGGCAAUGUUGAAAUAACUGAAGCAAACCUUGUAAGAGACAUUUUGUACGUCUUCCAGGGAAUAGAUGGCAAAAACAUCAAAAUGUGUAAUUCUGAAAACUGCUAUAAAGUAGAAGGAAAGGUCAGCCUGUCCAAAUCACUCAGAGAUACUACAAGCAGACUCGCAGAGUUAGGAUGGCUACACAAUAAAAUAAGAAGAUACACAGACCAGAGGAGCUUGGAUCGUGCCUUUGGGCUUGUAGGUCAGAGUUUUUGUGCUGCCUUACACCAGGAACUCAAAGAAUACUACAGGCUUCUCUCUGUUUUACACUCCCAGCUGCAACUUGAAGAUGAUCAGGGUGUAAAUUUGGGACUUGAGAGCAGUUUAACACUUCGUCGUCUUCUAGUCUGGACGUAUGAUCCUAAAAUAAGACUCAAGACGCUUGCAGCACUUGUUGACCACUGUCAAGGAAGAAAAGGUGGUGAACUAGCAUCAGCUGUCCAUGCCUACACUAAAACAGGAGAUCCCUAUAUGAGAUCCCUGGUACAACACAUUCUUGGCCUAGUGUCCCAUCCUGUCUUGAAUUUCCUUUACCGUUGGAUUUAUGAUGGGGAGCUGGAGGACACAUACCAUGAAUUUUUUGUAGCUUCAGAUCCUACAGUUAAAGCUGACCGUUUGUGGCAUGACAAGUACACUUUGAGAAAAUCAAUGAUCCCUUCGUUCAUUACAAUGGAUCAAUCAAAAAAGGUCCUUCUAAUAGGAAAAUCCAUAAACUUCUUACAUCAGGUUUGUCAUGACCAAACUCCAUCUACAAAGAUGAUAGCUGUGGCAAAGUCUGCAGAAUCACCAAAAGAUGCUGCUGACUUGUUCACAGAUUUGGAAAAUGCAUUUCAGGGAAAAAUCGAUGCAGCUUACUUUGAGACCAGCAAAUACUUGCUGGAUGUUCUCAAUAAAAAAUACAAUUUACUGGAGCACAUGCAGGCUAUGAGGCGCUACUUACUUCUCGGUCAAGGAGAUUUUAUAAGACACUUAAUGGACUUGCUUAAGCCAGAGCUUGCCCGACCAGCUACCACUUUGUAUCAGCAUAAUCUGACAGGAAUCCUUGAAACAGCUGUCAGGGCAACUAAUGCACAGUUUGAUAAUCCUGAGAUCCUCAAACGGUUGGAUGUUAGACUUCUGGAGGUACUCUGGGUCAUUUCAGCUCCUGACAUGAAAGUUAUUUUCUGGGUAUCUCCUGGUGAUACUGGAUGGGAUGUCUUCAGUCUAGACUAUCAUGUGGAUGGGCCAAUUGCAACGGUAUUUACACGAGAGUGCAUGAGCCACUACCUAAGGGUGUUUAACUUCCUUUGGCGAGCAAAGCGGAUGGAAUAUAUUCUCACAGACAUAUGGAAAGGACAUAUGUGCAAUGCAAAGCUCCUGAAAUGUAUGCCAGAGCUUUCUGGGGUGCUGCAUCAGUGCCACGUUCUGGCAUCAGAAAUGGUCCAUUUCAUUCAUCAAAUGCAGUAUUACAUUACAUUUGAGGUCCUUGAAUGUUCAUGGGAUGAGCUCUGGAACAAGGUCCAACAAGCACAGGACUUAGAUCACAUCAUCGCUGCUCAUGAAGUUUUCUUGGACACAAUCAUCUCUCGCUGUUUGUUGGAUAGCGACUCCAGAUAGACCUAGAGUCCUCCCCCCUGGGAUCAGAGCCUUAUUGGACUCGGUGCUGUACACAAUGCCUACACUGAAUCCUCUUCUCCAGCUACCCCUUUCUUGAAGUGACUUCCUCUGCUCACAUGGCUUCCACCAACUCUAGGCUGAUGGCUCAAAUCUACCACCCUACCCCUAAUUUGUCUGCCUCUGUCCAGUCCUGUAUCUCAGCCCGUCUAACUCCUCCAGGAUGUCUUGCCAUCAACUUAAACUUUGCAGGGCCAAAAUUGAAUUCUUUGUGCCCCCCCCCCCCCCCCCAGCCCUGUCUUUCUGUGUCACUGAUCACAGGAUUGAGUGACAAGAAUGAAGAUAGUGUCCAUGGAGUAUCAUCUAACUCCUGCUCCAGCAUCAUUCUGACCACGUCUGAUGACACACACAGCUUUGAGUCCCUCCACUACCAUCUCCCCCACACCAAAUACGAGCUUCAGAUUAGACCUGGUUGGAAAAAAGGGAGGAAAUUGUAAAUUUUGUAUUGAAAUUUUUUUCUUUCUGAAAUGUUGACAGGCUUUGACCAGCUUUACUUCUAGCAUUUACCUUUUAAGUCCCUAAAUAUUUACAUGCUGUGUAUCUUAUCACAUUUCUCCACAUGCUGAUUCCAUCUUUGUGGCAUGUUUGUCGACUUCUCCCACAAGAAUCUUCACACCUUCCUCCGUGCCUCCUUUUAUGUGAGGAAUACCCUCUGCAGACUAGAAUGUGAAACCACUACCCUGUUCUCCUUCAGAUACCUUCUCAAGACUUGUUCUUCCACGAUGCUUAUGGGAAUCUGCCAACAGAUAACUACUAGAUAGAUAGCCAGUAGAGACAUCAGAUGUUUGUUAUCUUUUUGACCUAUGUAAAUGCCUGUUCUCAUUACCAUUGCCCUCAUCUCCUUUCUCAUAUUUAUUUCAAUAGUGUAAUCCACCCACUCUCUGCAUCUUGCCUUGAUUAUAUUGUAAACACUUUGGGGUGGGUACCAUAUUGUUCUGUAUAACACACAACACACUGAGAGCCUCCAAGCACUACUGUAAUACAAAUAAUUAUUUCCUUGAUGGGCCAAUUAGCCAAAAAAGCUGCUUUUGAAUUGGAAAAGGGCAAUACCAGAGCAAAGCCCUUCAUGUUAAAAAUUCAGUUGUUUUACACAGCUACUAAGAGCUGUACAACUGGUAAGAAUUUAAAAAGAAUCUUUUAGGAGAACAAAGAGGAACUGCAAAAUGUUCUCACUCUUUCUUUCUUUCCAGACUUUCUGUAGCAGUAACAUAAUUAUUUUGGACCUAGAAGUGGACUAUUGGCCAUCUGUUUUACUCCACUCUUCCCCUUAAUGUUCUUAACCAUUGUGAUAAUCUUCAGAUAGAAAAGUGGGUCACUUGGCUUGCAUUUGGGGUGCAUAUGCAGGCACAGAACUUGAGAUGAAGCACAUUGCUAUUGCAAUAUGGACUGGCCCUUUUUGAUUCCAGUAAGAAGUGUAUUAAAGUUUCUCCUGAAUCAGGGUUUUUUGCACAGUUGUGCCCUAGGUUACCAAUUUGUUUCCAGCUAAAUAAUUCUUUAGAAUCUCAAUAAAUGUAACAGUAGCUUUAAAAUCCUCUUUAUAUCCAGAAUUUUCUUCCUUUUUACCCUCUUUCUGAAUCUU